GACUAACAAUGGCUGGAAAACAUUCAAAUCAUCACUUUUGAAGAAACAACAACAAAAUGUUUGCUAAGAUCGCUGUGAUCGCUGCCUGCCUCUUCGGCUUCGCUCAUGCUGGAGCGCUUAGCUCCGGUAUUGGCUACGAUUCAAACCUCGGACAUGGUUCAAGUUUGGGCUAUGGCGGGUACGGCAGCUAUGGUGGUUACGGCGCUGGACUGGGUUACGGAAGUUACGCCGGCCACGGUGGUUACGGUGGACUUGGAUAUGGUGGAUACGACUUAGCGGGCCACGGUCUCGGUCACGCCACUUCCCACGUGUCUGUGGUUAAGAGUGUCGCUCCUUCGUACUCAGGCCUGGGAUACGCCGGAGUUGGGGGUUCAGCCUUAGGCUAUGCCGGCGCUCCCGUUGCUACUUCAUACGCUAACCAGUACAGCGUACAUGGCUCUCCCGCUCAUGGCUAUGCUGGUUACGGAUCCGGUUACGGUGCGGGUUACGGAUCCGGUUACGGUGCCGGUUACGGAUCCGGUCACGGUGCUGGUUAUGGCGGUUACGGUCACGGUGCCUACGGCCAUGGGGCCUAUGGUGGCUGGUAAAAGUGAUUUAUCAUUAGAUAGGACGACCUUUGUACUGAACUGAAAUAAAUUAUUUGGUUUUUAAA